AUGUCAACAAUAACUUCUUCAUCAUUAUUAAUGGCUAAUGAAUAUAAUAAUGAUAAUAUAACAACAGUUAAAUUUUUAAUACAUUAUCAACAACAAGCAACGGUUAUUUAUUUACCACAUAAUUUAACAUUAGAAACAUUUUAUAAUAAUUUAUGUUCAAUAUGUCAUUUAACAUUAACUGAUCCGCCAACAUUUACUGUUAAAUGGCUUGAUGAAUCAUUAGAUGCAAUAACAAUGUCCUCACAAAGAGAAUUAAAUACAGCUAUACGUUUAUAUAGAAAACAUGGUGAUAAAGAAUUACAUAUACAUGUUUUUCCAAGUCGUCCCGAACAACCAGGACUAUUAUGUCCAGGUGAAGAUCCACUUAUAUAUCGACGUGGUGCACGUCGUUGGAAAAAACUUUAUUUAAUUAAUGGACAUCGUUAUCAAGCAAAAAGAUUUAGUACAACAGCUGCUUGUACUGUUUGUAAUGAUCGUUUGUGGGGUUUAGGUAGACAAGGUUAUAAAUGUCUUGAUUGUCGAGUUCUUGUACAUAAACGAUGUGUAAAACAUUUACGUAUUGUUUGUGGUACAACAUCAGCAGGUUCAUCACCAUAUCAUCCAAAAACUAUGGAUUCAAAUGGACGACAUACAUCAACAAGUAGUAUAACAACAAAUGGACAACAAUUUUUAUCAAAUAAAAAACCAAAUGAAACUCAACAACAACAACAACAACAACAACAACAGAAUGGAACUACGGAUAAAAUUGGUCGACAUAGACCAGCUGGUGCUAGUGUUAUGAAUGCUCGAGAUCCGAUGACUAAACAAAAGAUGUCAAGUAUUUGUGAACCUGGACCAUUAAAACGAGCACAAGGUUUAACUGACCUUGGUCGUUCUCCUAUUGAUGAUCCAACUGGUACAAAUAGUCAUUAUAUAGAUGCAAGUGGUGAUAUACAAAAUUCUUCAUCGAGUUCUCCAUCAAUAAGUUUACAAGAUUUUGAAUUAUUAAAAGUCAUUGGACGUGGUUCAUAUGCAAAAGUUUUUUUAGCUGAAUAUCGACCACGACAUUUACGUAAUAAUUUAAAUAAUCAACAACAACCACCACGUUUAUAUGCAAUGAAAGUUAUUAAAAAAUCUAUUGUUAAUGAUGAUGAAGAUAUUGAUUGGAUACAAUGUGAAAAAAAUGUUUUUGAAAAAGCAACAAAUCAUCCAUUUCUUGUUGGUUUACAUUCAUGUUUUCAAACACCAUCAAGAUUAUUUUUUGUUAUUGAAUUUGUAACUGGUGGUGAUUUAAUGUAUCAUAUGCAACGACAAAGAAAACUUCCUGAAUCAAAUGCUAGAUUUUAUGCAGCAGAAAUAACAAUUGCUUUACAUUUUUUACAUGAACAUGGUGUUAUUUAUCGUGAUUUAAAAUUAGAUAAUGUUUUACUUGAUGCUGAUGGUCAUAUUAAAUUAACUGAUUAUGGAAUGUGUAAAGAAGGUUUAGAUUUUAAACGUGAUGAGCGAACAAGUACAUUUUGUGGUACACCGAAUUAUUUAGCACCGGAAAUGUUGAGAAAUCAUGAUUAUAAUUUUAGUGUCGAUUGGUGGGCAUUAGGUAAAUAA